GGACUUGAAAGGAUUCAGGCAGAAGAAAGUGUGAAAACCUUGUCUAAAGAAACAAUUGAAUAUAAGAAAGUAUUGGAUGAACAGAUACAAGAAAGGGAGAAUUCAAAGAAUGAGGAAUCAAAGCACAAUCAAGAACUGACAUCUCAGUUGUUAGCUGCAGAAAAUAAAUGUAAUCUUUUAGAAAAACAAUUGGAAUACAUGCGGAACAUGAUAAAGCAUGCAGAAAUGGAAAGGACAUCUGUAUUAGAGAAACAGGUCUCCCUAGAAAGAGAACGACAACAUGAUCAAACACAUGUUCAAAACCAACUUGAAAAAUUGGAUCUUCUUGAACAGGAGUAUAACAAGCUUACCACAAUGCAAGCCCUUGCAGAAAAAAAAAUGCAAGAGUUGGAAGCAAAACUCCGUCAGGAAGAACAAGAAAGGAAACGAAUGCAAGCUAAGGCAGCCCAGUUGCAGACUGGUCUAGAAGUAAAUAGACUUAUCUAUCAAGAUAAGGCAACUUCAUGUGUUCCCAGUACAAAAAGAAUUAAAAAAAAGAAGUCAAAACCACCAGAAAAGAAGGGUUCUAGGAACUAUUUUGCUAUACAGCCACAUUAUCGAUUAUGCUUGGGUGAUAUGCCAUUUGUAGCUGGAAAGUCCACCAGCCCCAGCCAUGCGGUGGUAGCCAAUGUUCAGCAUGUCCUGCAUCUAAUGAAGCAACACAGUAAAGCCUUGUGCAACGAUCGAGUAGUCAGCAGUAUUCCUUUGGCAAAACAAGUGUCUUCACGAAAUGGGAAGAGCAAGAAGUCAGCAACGCCUCCCUCCUCUAGCAGUGUUAAUGAAGAGCUGUCUGAAGUCCUGCAGACUUUACAAGAUGAAUUUGGGCAAAUGAGCUUUGAUCACCAGCAGCUUGCAAAACUUAUCCAAGAAUCACCAACUGUUGAACUGAAAGACAACCUAGAGUGUGAACUGGAGGCAUUAGUGGGAAGGAUGGAGGCAAAAGCCAGUCAAAUAACUAAAGUUCGAAAAUACCAGGCCCAGCUGGAGAAACAAAAGUUGGAGAAGCAAAAGAAGGAAUUAAAAGCCACCAAAAAGACUCUUGAUGAGGAAGGAAACAGCAGCAGCCGUUCUACAACCACGGGGACCACAAAUAAGAAGGACUUUGCCAAACCGAGACCUGGAGAAAAAAGCAGGAAAAAUCUUCAAUUAUUGAAAGAUAUGCAAUCCAUACAGAAUUCAUUACAAAGCAAUAGUUUGUGUUGGGAUUACUGACUGUUACCAGGUCAUAAAUUUUAUUCACAUAAUCUGUACCUCAUCAAUCAGAUAUUGACUUUCCAGGUCUCAUACUCUUAUGUUGAAAUUAAAUAGCAGACAUUUAGGGACCCAGGCUUCAUUACACAGGCUUCUUUUGCCACAUAUCACAACUAAAUGUUAAGCCAUCUAAACGGAAACUGGGGGUAGUUUUAAAGGCCAAGAAGCUACACAUACUGUUCCUUUGUUUGAGAUGAAUUUGCUGUACUGAGAUAUUGCACUUUGUAAACAAAUUACCAAUUUAAAAAAAAAAAAAA